AUGCCUUCGAUACCCACACGUGGUAUUAUAAUUAUUUCGUUAAUCUCAUUAGUGUUAAUAUUCAUUAUUUUCAAACAAUCCUCCUAUAUCUUCUCAUUGAGCUCGUGUAUCCGAAAAACGCAAUCAUAUGAAUCAUAUAAUACAUAUCGAAAUAUCAAUAGUAUAACUGAUAUUGUUAAAAAUAAUGCUACAUUUCCUGAAGAAUCUCCUCUUGUUCGUGCCUAUUUGGACGUCGUACGUGAUACUGUCUGUGGUUUAUCUCUUCGCACUCAAGAACAGUCAGUAGAAAAUAAUCUCAAAAACAUACGUCCGUUGAAUAUCGACAAACGAAUGAACGGCUUAGAUUGGCCACGAUUUGGCAUUACAAUGGUUGGAUUUCAUCGAUUGAAUAAUAUAGAAUGGACAUUACGAUUUGUUAUUAUCAAUGGAGUGCCAGGCGAUUUUAUUGAAUGUGGUGUUUGGAGAGGUGGAAGUUCAAUAUUUGCUCGUGCCAUACUCAAAGCAUUGAAUAUUAAAGAUAGACAUGUUUGGGUAGCUGACUCAUUUCAAGGUCUACCAAAAGCAAGAACGUCGCAUGAUUCCGAUGCGUGGUCUACACAAGAAUACUUAAAAGUUUCACUUGAUGAAGUUCAAACAAAUUUUCGUUCGUUUAAUUUACUUGAUAAUCAAGUUCAUUUUUGCAAAGGAUAUUUUGUUGAUUCUCUUCCUCAUUGCAAUGUUUCUCAAAUAGCGGUUCUUCGCAUGGAUGGUGAUAUGUACGAAUCAACAAUGGAUCAAUUAUUUAAUUUAUAUGCAAAGGUACAGAUCGGAGGUGUUAUUAUUGUUGAUGAUUACAACAUCCCAGAAUGUCAUCGUGCUAUACACGAUUUUCGUGAUUGGCAUGGCAUAUCGGAGGCCAUACAAGUAGUCUCUGGUGAUCAUGUAGGUCAUUAUUGGAUAAAGAAAAAGACAAUUGAAAUUCAAAUGAAUCGAUAUAAACCAUUACUAGUCUCAACGAAGAACCACAGCUGA